AUGGCAGAAGGUGGACAUAUCGAUGCAGGUGUUGACGUGUCAAGUGACAUGACAGGAGAUCGCAUUGUCAUCCGAUCUUGCGAGCCGUGUAUGAGAAAAAAAUCUGCAAGUACAGCUUAUGUGAUCUGCAAAGUGUGUAACGAACAUCUGUGUGGUCCGUGUAGUCAUCUUCAUGAAAUAUAUAAACCUGGACAGCAUGAGCUUGUUGUCAUUGAACAUGUGGGUUCAGCCCCUGUUGAGGUAAACAUGAAAGGUAUGAAUAUGUGCCAAGAGCACGGUAAAACUAUCAAGUUUUUCUGUGAAGACCACUCUAAACUCUGCUGCAGUACAUGUGCGUUCAAACACAGGAAGUGCGACAACGUCGAUGAACUGACAAAUAUAUCAAGCCAAGAAGGACAAGAACUCAACCACUUGAACGAGACGCUUCUAAAACUGGAGAACGAAAGUGGCUCCAUCAUUGCGGAGUGUAAGCUAUCAGAAGAUGUAUUAAGUGAGACCAUUGCAAGCAUUGCAAAACAGGUUGAUGAAAUGAGGGAUCGUAUUAUCGAGCUAUUUGAUAAGGCAAAAACAAAGAUGAUUGAAGAGGCGGAUGAUUUUAAAGCGGAUGAGAUGAAGCGCUUAUGCGAAAUAAAUAAAUUUUCUUCGAACGUAAAGGAAGACAUCAAUGAACUCCUAUCGGUUAGUUCUGCUCUUGUCGAACAUGGAACACCUCAACAAAAGUAUAUUAUCGCCAAAAUUAUCAAUGAGAAAAUAAAAGGUGUAGAAACCCAUAUAACCGAGCAGCGAAGCAAAUUUAUCACUUCAACUGUUUCCUUGGACUUCUCAGCACAUUUAUUAUCCCUUUUUAAAGAGGAAGACGGCAUUGUAAAACUGCAAGUAGAGCGACACCGUAUGCAUACAGAUUUGGUGCAAACAUGCCCAACGGAAAAUCAAGAAUCUUCUGAAGUUAAACAGGAAACAACCACUUUCAAUAAAAGUAUGAGUUGUUCAAGUGACAGCGCUCUGUCAGCUCCGAUUAAACCAGUCACCAUGGAUCUGCUUGUGUCCGUGGAUAUCAAACAGACUGGAGAUGAUAAGGAACCUUUCCUUACUGGGCUUGACUUCCUACCAGACGGGAGACUGGUAGCCGUUGAUAACAAGAAUUGUAACUGUAUCAUAAUGGAUGACCAACUAAAGAUACUAGGAACGCCGUACAAGUUCAAUACAAACCCACGUGACGUUGUAUGUCUGUCUCAGAGUGAGCUGGCAGUAACGAUGUUUGAUAAGACAGUGCGUCUCUUGUCCGUGAGUCCUGGCAAUGCCAUCGAAAUGACCAGGCAGAUAAACACGUCGAGCGAUGUCUUCUCCAUAUACUUCAUGACCCCAGCACACAUGGUUUUGAGUACAUACGAUGAUUCACGCCCAGUGAGAAUGAUAACGCAGGCGGGUGUUGAGUCUGACUUUGAUCGUGUUCUGUUCAAUAACAAGACGUACAAAUUUGCUGAGAGCAAGUGCACAUAUGUCCCGUCUAAGAACACAUUGGUACUGACUGACAGGUACGCUCACACUGUUUACGUGUAUGAUACCGUUAAGGGCACGUCUAGAGCAGUCACUGAUGAGAAUAUACAGGAACCUCGUGGAGCCUGUGUAGGGCCUGGCGACACGGUGCUGGUGUGCAGUAUGAUGAAGGACUCAAUCGUACACCUGACUGCUGAUGGUAACAUUCUAGGUACCUACCCAUUGGAUAUGAAGUGGCCGUAUACCCUGUGUAUGAAUAAAGAUAGGAACAGAUUGGCAGUAUCGAAUGGUGCUCCUGGAGAAAGGAAAUUGCGGAUGUACAAAGUAUCAUAA